UAUGAUUGGGGAUGAUGAAGCUCUUAGGAAGAUUAGGGCUGACUUUGAUGAAACUAUCCAGUCUGAGAAGUUAUGUCUUGAUCAGAAAUAUUUUCCUGGGAAAGCAGUUCAACAGGAUUACCACAUGCCUGAUGUCAUAACUGUCAGAGUACAAAGAGAUUCUGAUUCAUUCCAAGAUGUGGUUGUUAAAAUUGAAAGACCUACCUAUUGUAAACCAUUUCUGGGUGGAUUUAAGAACAGGAUAACAGGAGUUGAAUUUCAUAAUGCAGGAUCACAAACGAUACGCAAAAAGCAACCUGACAAAGGAAUUCAGCUAUUCUGUAGGGAAACACAGACGGCUUUUGAAAUAAAUAAGACACAACAAACAAAAAAUACAACAUCAACACAGAUGGCUAAAGUUGGCCUGUAUGUGUCAAACAUGACUGACAAGCUAAUAAAUCCUGGGAAGUAUCUUACAGCCAAAGAAUACCAUGAACGUAGACUUGAAGCAGUAAUAGUAUUACAGACGUAUUUCCGUCGUUGGCAUGCUAUAAAUGUAGUACAAAAUCUGAGGGAAGAAAAAAGGUUAAGGCUGGUAUGGGAAGCACAAGAAGAGGUACGGAGAAAAAAAGAGAAAGAUGAAAAACUGAGAAAGGAACAGGAACGAAGACUGAACCCUAAAACAAGAGAAGACUUUGAGCUACUGUACCAUGCUUUAGAAUUAUGGAGGCGGGAGGAGACCGAAUGGAUUAAUACAACUCUUACUGGAGCUGAAAGAAAGGCAGCAUUUUGUGGACUUCUGGAAAAAGAGGCACAGCUGAUUGCUGCCAUUGGGAGACACAAACUAAAUGCAGAUGAGGAGAAUCAACAAAGAGCAAUACUGCACUUUCUGAAUAAGUGUGCACAACCUAAGAGAUGGAAAGCAUAUGAUGGAAAAAUCACUGAAAUGGAUACACAGUACACACUCCAUGCCAGAGAACUAUUUGAAAUCUGCCGCAGCAUUAGCAUGAACGACAUCCCAAAAGAUGAGAGAAUAGAUGUGCUGUUAACACUCAGACGUACAGUGAAGGAACAUGAAUGUAAAUUAACACAGGAAAUAGUGGAAUUAAUUGACAGGGAAGUUGAUCUUAUGUCGAGAGAGGUGAAAGAAUGCAACUUAGAAGGACUGAGGAAAAGAAUCUGUACAUUAUUUCUUCAGUACAUUAAAACUCCAAAGUUCAACCCUGGAGUUGCUAGGAUACUUAAGGUUCCACCAGAUCCCUUAAAGCUUUAUAAAAAUGUUAAUUUCUGUCAUAGUUGUGAAAAUUACUUACCAGCUACUGAAUUUCCCGUUCCUGCUAAUUGCCGCACCAUUGGCAGAUGUCGCUUGUGUUGCAAACUUGAUAAUGAGGCUCGGCGACGAGAUGCAUUUUUGACAUACAAACUUAUUCUAGAAAACCUCAGAAAGUCUGAAGCUGAUUAUCAGGAUGAUGCUGAAAUUGUUUACUUAGUUCAGCUUCAAGAUCUGCAGUACCUGAUUGAGAACAUAUGGGGCUGUCGGUCAGCUCUCAGUGCUUGCAGUGACCUCUAUGAUUUGGUCAUGGUCAGAUGGGAUAAGCACCAUGAAUGGUCUCCCUGGAACACUAUUCUUCUCAGUAGAGACGAGGCAGAUGCACAUCUUAAACUGUGUAACAUUCAAAAGGCUUAUGAAGCAGCAUUUAUUCAAAGAAUAAAACAUAAGCAUAUCCAGGCAAAAACCUAUUUUGCUCAGAUUCCAGUGAUGACAUCAGUUUUGCAUAGGAGUGACAAUCAGGCUACUGCAAAUUAAUUUUUAAUAGCUACACCUAUUCCUACUGGUACAAAAACAUAACUCCUAAGUGAAGUUUACUGAAGUUAAAGAAGCUAGCUGUAUUAUUGAUUUCCUUGGUUUUAAGGAGACGUACUUUUUCAUCAAUACCUUAAUUGUUUUACACAGAUCAAAAUAAACUUCUGAGGAUAAAAUAAUUUGAUCUUGACUAGUCAAUAUAACUGCAUUUCAUGUUUUGUAACCUUAUUAUUUAAAAAGUAAAAUGCUGUUGAUGGUCUUUGUAAAUUCUAAAUUUUCAUAGCAAUGACUUUCUUUCUGUUUAUGCCUGUGUUGUUUGGAACAUUCCAUCUGUAGUGUAAUACGCCUGUUGGAGCAAUGUAGAUAAUUCUUUGUCACCUUUUAAUUAGAAAAAUUAUACUAUAACCAUUGUAUUAAAUUUAUUUCUCUCAUCUUAAGCAUAUAAGGCAGAAAACCCCUCAAACCCUAAAUUCCUACAGAACAGAAUUGAUAUGCCCUUCCAAAAAUAGUUGUUUUGCUUUGAAAAUAUUUGUGCAAAAUAAUAACUUCACAUUUUAUAGCUCAUCUUUAUGGUGAUAGUGGAACUUCCAGGAUGUAAUUAUUGUAUCCAAGAUCUUAAAAUUAUUGUAACUCAGACUUAUAAUUUGAAGUACAGAAUGAAGACUGUUUUGAACAUGUUUAUUUUUUGAGGAGCUUGUGUUAUUUAAGGUAGAAGUCAAUUAUCUCCAUAACCUUAGUUAUGUUUAUGUUCGAUUAUAGUUACAGAGAAAAAUAUUAUAUGGUCUACAUUCA